AUGGAGCAUCCCACUACCCCAAAACAUCAAAAAGAUGAUUUCCGCACUUUUAUUACAAAAGUGAACAUCAAAUUUGGUCUCGAGAUUCCCCUCCCUGGAAUUGAGUCCCCUUCUGCUCGAGCGAGAAACACCAGCCUCCCUAGUCAGAUCUACAAGCAUAUUCGCCCACUUUUCUUCAAUAACAAGGUCGACAAGAGAAGUCUGAUUAACAACCUCGAGGAAUGGGUCCGCGGGAACCUGCCGUCGGCCGGCCAGAUCCAAGCCCAGAACCCUGUCUAUCGAACCAAUGCAGCCCGCCGGGCAAACCAACGGCACCAGAGCGAGGAACCCGAGGUCCCGCUCUCGCUCACCGGCCCUGAGAAGGAUAUGUGCAUGAAACACCUGUUGAACCUCAUGGAGGAUGAAGAAUAUCUUUUGGCGAAUGGUCGUGUUGCAAACACGAAGAAAAGGUUAGCUGCUCAUUCUUUUGGGGAUGCCAAGGUCUUAUCACCAAAGAGACAAAGGUUUGAUGAUGAAGAUGAAGACGAAAACGAAAACUUCCACACCGCACCAAAUUCCCCAGUGAAGGGUUCUGUGUUGGCUCAGUCCCCUUUGGGGAAGAAUGGGGAUGGAGGGUUGCAAUUUCCCGAGAUGGUACAAGCAGCCUUUCGAGGGUCUCGAAGGAGUUCUGGGGCUACGAGCUUGCCAGUCAAUAGCCAUCGGGCGAUUCAGUCUCCUACGCCGGGGUCGGUAGCAAUUGCGCCGCCAGCAAAAAGUCAAGUUCGCCCAUCAACCGGAAGAAGCGAUGGACCCAUUCAGUCGUCUGAAAAGAACCAAGAGGCCGUCCGUUCGCCGGCGAAGUAUUCGGCGACGUUUCCUCCGCCAGCAAAGCCACAACCAGCACAGGACCAAGGGUUCAACCAAUCAAUCCCUAGGAAAGUGGUCGCUAAACAACCACCUAAGCCUCAAGGCAAUAUUCUCCCUUCGACAAGGAGCUCGACGAGCACUUCGUUGCCAGCGAAGAAUUCAGGGGUCGCCCAAUCACCCGCGAGGAACCCUGUAUCUGUCCAAUCGUCAUCCAAACCCCCCAAAUCGGUCAGAUCACCCUCCCAAUCGCCGUUGAGACAGAUGGAUCUUCGAUCGUUUGGCUUUGGCAACAGCCCCGGCAAAGAAACCUCUCCUGCCCAGGAAGAUGUUGAGUUCAAGAAGCCUACUUUAUUUGAGAAGCUUAGCGCGGCAUCCGAUGAAUCCAAGCGCAAUAGUAUGACUAGUAUGACUCAGUCAUUCAAUGCCAGCUUUCCGACGACGGUCACUUCGUCACUCUUUAUGUCUCGCGAUGCUAGCAUGGGGCAAUCAUUCGAUUCGGUCAUGACAGACAUGACCGAGCCAAUGGAUACCCAAUCAACGUAUGCAGACUCGGUCGUCGGGUACAUGGCUAGCGUAAAGAUGCUAAGAAGCGUAGACGCUGCUGCUAUCUCCAUGAUGGUAAAUGGUGACCCCGUUGAAACGAAGUAUUCUCUCAAACAGGAGUUCAUUGAUGAACUCCUCUCCUACGGCCCGUUUUCGGUAGAAGAAUCCUUCUCGGCGACAAUUCCAUUGCGAUUCCGAUACGAGCUGGAACGAAUUGGACGUGCGUGGGGUAUCCCCUUCAAGCAAAUACUCGUCGGCGAUCGUGUUAGCUUCAACACUCAAGAUGAUUUCUGGUCAUGGGUCAGCGGGCUUGGUCGACGUUAUGACCGGCCGUUGCCAGAGAGAUCGCCCCGUCGGGCCUGGGAUGCUGCUGUUGGUGAUUUCAAAUCAGAUAAGCACUCGGAGGUGGUGGUGCUGUCGGGAGACUUGGACUGGUGUGAUGAGUCUGAGCCGGGUAUUUUCAAAUUGAAACUCAACCCGCUCAAGCCAGAGCGGACAUGUCGCUUUCAUCGAAGGUUUGGAUCGGAUAGAUUCUUGACUCUUACUGUUCCAGCCCCGGAUCGGCCUCCCAGCCAUCAGAAACAACCUUCCUAUCCAUCUGUCUUUCGCGAGAGUGUUGCUUCCUGGCUCACACGGAAUGAUCAUCAUUGUCUCGGACGGACGUGGCGAGCAUUCUAUGUCGAAGAAGUAAAAACCAAGCGAAAGGCCAAGGGUGAACCUCGCUUUCGUGUCGAGCUCUUCGCCAUUGAUGGCAACGACUUUGAUCAUGGACAGCGGUUGCCACCGCUGGUGGCCCCUCCUCGACAGCAAAGUGACAACUAUACUCCGAUGAGCGUAGAUACUUUGCUAGAAUGGCAUAUGCCCAAAACUGCGAAUGCCAAUCAAAGCAACUGCAAGCUCUUCCAACGUAUCUCCCUCGGCUUGUCGAAGACAUUUGCGACGGUUACAGUAAAGCCAACGCAAGUGCUUCGUUUGAGAGACGAUCCAACCCGGGCUGUCAUGAAUGACGGAUGUGCUCUGAUAUCGAGGACUCUCGCCAACCAAAUUUGCGACCAACUGGGCAUAACCACCGCAACGCCUAGCUGCUUCCAGGGGAGAAUAGCAGGCGCGAAGGGCCUCUGGAUGGUUGAUUGUCACCAAUCCAGUAUCGCUACCAUGAAUGAAGAUGAUAUCUGGAUUCAGAUCUCGGACUCGCAGUUGAAAAUCCACCCUCAUCCACAGGAAUGGGUUGACCCGAUUGACGAUGAAAAGUUGACGUUUGAAGUAGUCAACUGGGCUAAGCCACUGCACCCUGUUGACCUUGAUAUCCAACUUCUUGCAAUUCUGGAACAUGGAGGAAACGUGAAGGAGUAUAUUGCCAAGCUCACGCGUGAUGGUGUGCAGAGUCUAUACGACGACUUCCUUGAGGUUCUUCGAUCAAAUAGCCCCGUGGUUUGUCGAGCCCUGCUUCAGAAGCUCAGACCCUCCGGUGAGGAUGGAACUGGCAAAGCACGACGAAUGGAGCAGUGGGUGACCAGUGAUGCUGAGUCCAUCAUCCGUUUCUCGGAGGCUGGCUUUGCCCCACGCGACUUUUUCCCGCUCCGGUUGAAAAUCCGCCAAUAUCUGACAUGGCUUCUUGAGCGACAUGUCGAAGAGCUCAAAAUUCAGGUCCCUCUUUCAACCUAUGCGUACUGCAUUGCGGAUCCAUAUGGAGUUCUCGGACCGGAUGAAGUUCACUUUGGCUUCUCCAAUAAUUGUCGGGAUCCACAGGGCCACUUUGAAGACAACCUCCUUGAUGGAGUAGAUGUUCUCGUGGGCCGACUUCCUGCCCAUUUACCGUCUGAUAUUCAACGGCGCAGAGCCGUAUGGAAGGCUAAACUGCGUCAUUUUAAAGAUGUGAUUGUCUUUCCCACUACAGGAAACUUUCCUCUAGCCGGUAUGCUAUCUGGGGGAGAUUACGAUGGUGACACGCCGUGGAUUUGCUGGGAUUCAAUGAUUGUCGAGAAGUUUCACAAUUCUCCAAUGCCCGCCCAUGAAUAUCCUGCAGAGCAUUACGGGCUCAGCAAGCACUCCGUCCCGAUGGCCUCGCUGAAGUCGACAGAACACUUCUUGGAAAGUGUGUUCGCUUUCAACCUCAAUCUUUCAAGCCUGGGUCGAUGUACCGUUGAGCAUGAGAAACUGGCAUACGAUGAGUCAGUCGACUCUCCGAAAGCGAAAGAGCUGGCCUGUCUCUUGGGUCAUCUUGUGGAUGGUCGGAAAGGUGGAGUUCACCUUUCAGAGCAAGCCUGGAAAGAAUAUCGCAAGACCGUCAGCCCUAGGCAACGUGCGCUUCCCGCGUAUCGGGACACAGACCGCAAGUACAACCCGUCGAACAUUGUCGACUUCCUCAAGUUUAAGGUCGCACGGUCGGAGCUUCGCAGAAUUCUCUCAGGUCUCAACGAGGCAUUCCCCGAGAACGAUAUCCAGAAUCAGCUCGACAAUGAUCUUAUUCGUCCAUGGAGUGAAGCCGAAGAAGCAUCGAAGAGCAAUUCUGAACACACUCAAGAGUUAAAAGACACACUCGCUGAAGUUCGAAAGUCGAUAGAGGAUCUAUACAAGCAGUGGAACCAAGGACACCCUGCUUCUACGGGCGACGAUUUCUCUGCCAUAUCACGUCAAGCUGCCGAGAAUGCGGGUGCACUCGCUCCUCCCAGCUCGGGCAAUCAUCCGCUCAUCCAUACUUGGCAAAACAGCCGCAAUGAGUGGCGACGGUUGAUAGCUUCGUAUGGCUACCGUCGAUGUCCGAACUCUCGGUUUAUUCUCCACGCCUUUGGGGAGACAUUGUGCGAGAUCAAGGCGUCUGUCUCGCCAUCUCGCCUUGUGACUAAUGAAGUGAUCGCCUGCUACCGAGUGAAUCAGAAAAUGGUGGCACAUCUCACGGCCAAUGAAUUGCCUGUGGAUGGGGUUGACGAUGCAGAGGAAUAUGAAGAGUAUGAAGACGGAGAAGCCAUUGAAGCCAUGCUAUCCUUUUAG